CAUCGAAUCCAUUCGGGUGUGUAAUGGCGAAUGGGCAACAAUCAGCGUAAGUUGCUCCGUUCAAAUGUCCACAUUUCUGAAAAUUUGUCUUUAUCCAGAAAAAUGCGGCUCAUUUUCAGAAAACCAAAGUUUUUCUUCACGGUUUGGUCGUAUUUUCCCGUCCCACAGUGUAAGUUUUGCCGAAAAAAACGCGAUUUUUAAAGUCGAAUAGUUUUUGACGUUUACUGCCAAAAUGGCGUUGGAACUUCCCAUGACCGGCUGCGCUUGUUUCAAGGUUUAAAAACAUUCGGGCCUUUUUCCCGACGAUUCGAGGAUUUUAUUCGGCUGCUAAUGUUUCCACAUUAGCAGGCGUAUUUGGAUACAGGAAUGGGCGGCUUCAUGUUUUGGAGACCUGUUAAGCCCACAAGGCCUGCUCGAGUUUUAUAAUAAGCGGAAGAGCCCGGCCGAAGCAAAAGACAAUGAAGCUUCCAGAAUAUUCUAAUGUUUUAAGCCCAGAAGAUCAUGCGCUAGUUUUGGUAAGUUCAACUACUUAACCACUGAUAUGCGCAUCAUUAAAGGGUUUGAGCCGUUUGUUAAACAUAUCGAUUCACUAUCGAUAUUUGCCACUAGCUAUUAUAUAACACUUUCUGUCGUAUGUAGUUGUCAGCUUGCUUCACUGAAGUUCAGCUACUCUAAUGCUCGAUCUGAAGAUUAUCGUCAAUGUUUUCCGGUCUUGUCAGCACUGAAAUUGCGCUUCAAUAUAUUUAAAAGAUCAAAAAAUAUCGAUUCAAAGUGCUUCGAUAGCCCUUCUCUUCUCUUUUCGCAUAGGCACGCUGACAGUACUACCCUUGACAAGAAUUCGUUGCAAAUUGAUAAAAUUGUUGCGAAAUAUUAACAAUAUUUGACAAAACUAUGCGCGAUUCUUAAAAAAUGUGUUAAAAUAUGGUUAACGCAAUAAUUUUAGUCAUUUGGGUGCCUCGGCAUCAUGUGCGUAUGAUACUGUGCGAGCUACUGGCAAAUCUGCAAAAUGCCUUGAAAUCAGGUAAGAAUUUUAAAGUUUUUCCAACAAUGCCUACAGUUUGAAAUUGUUUGCCAACUAGCGGUCUAAGUGCGAUUAUUGUAAAACUUCGGAAUGAUUUUGGAGGGAAUUUGAAUUUUUUUAUUAUUCCGUCCGCUAAAGAAGCGCAUGUGCGUAAAAUUUCCCGCAUAAAAUUUGUAUUUUAACAAUAAAAUCUGCUCCUGCCCGACCGCAACACAAAAAACCGGCCAUCAUUUCAUCAAGCUAUAAAUUCGUUGUGUAGUGAGUGGACUCCCAUCGAUAUACAAAUACAUAACCACACAUAACCUAGCUUAAAAAGGAUAAAAACAGAGAACUAUGGAUUUUUGGAAGGAUCUGGGAGGUCCGACCAAAAUUGUCGCCCCCAUGGUAGAUGCCAGCGAGUUGGCAUGGCGCUUAUUGAGUAGAAAAUAUGGGGCCCAAUUGUGUUACACGCCAAUGUUGCACAGUGCCCUGUUCUCCAAGGACCCAAAAUACCGAGCUGAGGCACUUGUUACGUGUGAAGACGAUAAGCCCUUGAUAGUGCAGUUCUGUGGAAAUGACCCUCAAACGAUGUUGGAUGCAGCCCUAUUAGCGCAAGACCAUUGCUUGGCAAUUGACAUAAAUUUGGGCUGUCCUCAAGCUAUUGCAAAAAGGGGCCAUUACGGGGCUUUCUUGCAGGAUGAAUGGCAGUUGUUACACCGUAUAGUAAGCUUACUGAGCCAACAUUUGAAAGUGCCGGUCACAUGUAAAAUCCGAAGAUUUGAAACCAAAAAGAAGACAGUACAGUAUGCGAAAAUGCUGGAAUCGGCAGGUUGCAAAAUGUUGACUGUCCAUGGACGCACUAGAGAACAAAGGGGCCCUCUAACCGGCCUGGCAGAUUGGAGUUAUGUAAAAGCUGUAAGAGAUGCAGUAAAAAUACCAGUUAUAUCGAAUGGCAACAUUCAAAACAUGCAGGAUCUGCAAAGAUGUUUGGAAGAAACUGGAGCAGUAGGAGUAAUGACUGCCGAAGGCAAUUUGUACAAUCCUGCCCUUUUUCUUUGCCAAAAUCCCCCUUGCUGGGUUCCAGCUCUUGAGUAUUUGCAAUUGGCCGAAACAUACCCGUGCCCCAACAGCUACAUCCGGGGGCAUUUGUUCAAGCUAUUUCACCAUGUACUAUCAAUCCCCGAAAAUAACCCUCUGAGAGGGGAAUUGGGAGCAGCCAAUACUCUUGAUCAGUUUAAAGAGAUUACAAAGAGAAUUAUGGGAAUUUAUGAAAAAUUCUAUCUAGGAAAAGUAAUUUGGAAACACUGUACGGAAGAGGGCACACAAAACUUGAUAUUACCUCCUUGGUUGUGUCAGCCCUAUGUGAGAGAUACUCCCGAAAACCACGUUAAAAAAAUGGAAGAGCAGAAAAAGGAGGCGGAGAAAAAAAUUGCUGAAGGAAGUAAAAGGUUGUACGAAGAUCCUGAAGGCAACGUCAUUAGUAGAAAGAAGAUGAAAAGACUGAGGAGAAUGAUGAGAAGGCCAGAAAAGCCAGAUUCUUGUCCAGAACGUCCUAUGGAAAAAUGUUCUCUUUGCGAAAAUCCACUGGGGUUCAAAUGCGGUUAUAAGCUUUGCAAGAAAUGCUGUCGUGAUAAAUGCUUUACCGGUAAUCUUGAUUGUGAGGGUCACAGAAUUUUGGUAAAAACGCGCAGAAAAAUGGCGAAGUUUUAUGCCGAUCAGACAAAGAAGUCAAGUUGUGCCCAAAUGGAAAGCACCGAUCCUGAGGUGCUAUUAACAGACGAGCGAUUGCAAUCCGAAAGCGUGCCAGAAAACCGAUAAUCAAAAAGUGGUCUGUGGGUCGGAUGGACUCAGCUAUCCGAAUCGGUGCCAGUUGGAACGGGUGCGCUGCCAAAACAAGCAUGUAACUUUA